AGCAUUACAUUUCCAUUCACCGUAACACGUUGAUCUUUUCUCUUUUGUCUGUGUGUCUCAAGAAAGGAGGGAGUUGUGAAUACCAGACACCGGUCACUACACUCCUUUUACUGUUUAGCUUUUCGCUUUGUUAGUUGUUACCGACCUUUCCAUCAUGACCAAGCAAAACAUUGAUUGGAUUGGUUCAUUUGUGUCUGCGGCAAUGCAAGUGGCGUUGGGACGUGUAGACACUAUAGUUUCUCCUGCUGUUCUAGAAUUCCUCCGAGGCAACCACAUUGACGAGCCACUCCUGGAGAAGUUGAAGAUGCUGUUGGUGUUAGCUGCCACAGUGCUCAAUGAUGUUGAGGAAAAGCAGUUCACUGAUACAUCCGUCAAGGAAUGGUUUGAUGGGCUGAGGAAUGCUGCCUAUGAUGCUGAUGAUCUCUUGGAUGAGAUUGCCACUCUUCAAAACAACGAGGAUUCUUCUGGAUCUGACACCGUCGUUGGCCGGUUCAAUGCUUAUCUUCAUUCUCUAACUCCAUCUGCUCGACAACUGACUUCUAAUCUCGACAAGAUAGUUGAGAUGCUGAAAUUUUUUACUGAGCAUAAGGACAGUCUUGGCCUCAAUGAAGUCAACGCUGGUAAGUCACUCUCGUUGGCUUUACCCACAACUUCUUUGGUGGAUGAACAUCAAGUGUACGGCAGAGAUGAUGACAAGAAAAAGAUUAUUGACUUUCUUCCAUCUAAUGGAGAAAGGGUGGCUGUUGUUGCAAUUGUUGGGAUGGGAGGGGUUGGUAAAACCACUCUUGCUAGGAUGUUGUACAACGACAAUCUUUACCAGUUCAGAUCAUGGACUUGUAUUUCAGAGACAUCAGACGUUUGUCAAGUUACCAAGAAAGUCUACGAGUCAUUCACUUUGUCCCAUUCUAACAUUUCAGACUUGAAUGUACUCCAAAUCAAGCUUGAGAGGAGAUUAAGAGGACAGCGGUUUCUGCUUGUUUUGGACGGGUUUUCGGAUGAAAACUCUCUUGAUUGGGACACGCUCAGAAGGCCAUUCCUCUCAGGAGGCAGGGGAAGUAAAAUCAUCGUAACAACACGCAGUCAAAGAAUUGCAAAAGCAGUUCAAGCUGAUUUAACUCAUCCCCUCGUGCCUCUCGAAGAACAAGAUACAUGGAACUUAUUCUCAAGUCAUGCAUUCAAAGCUGGAAAACCUACCAACUACCAUGUUAUAGAAGCAAUUGGUAAGGAAAUAGUGAAGAAGUGCAAAGGCCUUCCUUUAGCUGCAAAAUCACUAGGGAGCCUUUUGCAUUACACGGAGGAUGUUGAGGAGUGGGAAAAUGUAUGCAACAGCCAUAUAUGGGAGUUACCAUGUGGUAAGAGCAGCAUACUUCCUGCUUUAAGAUUGAGCUACAAUCAUUUACCUUCGCUGUUAAGGCAAUGCUUUGUUUACUGUUCCGUAUUUCCUCAAGGAUAUGAAAUUGAAAAGUGGGACUUGAUUUAUUUAUGGAUGGCUGAAGGUAUUCUGCCGAGACCUGACACACAGAAGCGAAUAGAAGAUGUCGGCCAUGAAUGCUUUCAGGAACUAUUGUCCAGAUCUUUUUUUGAUCAGUCAAUCCGAAGUGAAUCUCACUUUAGGAUGCAUGACCUUAUCAGUGAUUUAGCUCAGUCUGUCGCUGGAGAUUUCUACUACAAUCUAGAUGAUAAUUCAAAAAGAAAUAAGAGUUGGAUUCGGCAUCUAUCAUAUACUCAAAGCAACAAUGGUGUCGCAGAUAAGUUUGAGUCCUUCUCUCAUUUAGAGAAACUGAGGACCCUCUUACCAUUCAAUUCCUCAGUCCGUAACAGCAGGUAUUCAUUCCCUGAUAUCGUUGGACAUUUCUUGAAAAAGAAGAAUCCCCUGCGUGUUCUGUCCCUGUCCAGGUAUGCAAUUACCAAGAUUCAAGUUUCACUUGGAAACUCAUUGCAUCUCCGGUACUUGAAUCUUUCUCAUACAACUAUUGAGGAGCUGCCUGAUUUUGUUUGCGACUGUUAUAACUUGGAGACACUAAUUUUGUCAUGGUGUCGCUCCCUUCGCAAGUUACCAAUAAAAAUUGUCAAACUUGUACAUCUGCGACAUCUUGAUAUCAGGGAAAGUAGUGUCACUGAGAUGCCAGCAGAUUUUGGUGAACUGAAAUCCCUUCAAGUGUUGACUAGUUUCGUGGUAAGUAAUGGCAGGGGGUCCAAAAUUGAUGAGUUGGGGAAACUACCAGAUCUUCGUGGAUCACUUUUGAUUGACAACUUGGAGAAUGUAUCUUCACCAGCGGAAGCCUCCAAUGCUGGGUUGAGUAGCAAACAAUAUCUUCAUGAGUUGGAAUUCAAAUGGUCGACUGGUACUCAACAUAGUGAAAAUAGUGUACUAGAUGAGUUGAAGCCACAUGAAAAUGUGAAAAGGCUUACCAUUCAAAAUUUUGCUGGUGAUAGGCUGCCAAAUUGGUUGGGGAGUGCUGCAUUCUCUAGAAUGGUGUUUCUACGGCUUUCGAACUGCAGGAAUUGCUUGUCGCUGCCUUCACUUGCAGAACUGCCCAUACUCAUAGAACUCUAUAUAGCAAACAUGGGAAAGCUGCGGGAGGUGGGUCCAGAAUUCUAUGGAGAUAUAACUGAGUCAUUUAAGUCCUUGAAGAUCAAAUCCUUGAAGAGUGUGGAGUUUGAGGACAUGCCCAGUUGGCAAGAUUGGUCAACCAGCAAUCAAGGUGUGGGAUUCCGUUCCCUUGAAAAGCUUAACAUAGAUAGAUAUCCCAUGCUGAAUGGGGAUAUACCUGAUCAAUUUCCUUCUGUGGACAUAUUACUGAUCGACGCAUGUCAAGUUUGGAUGGGGAGCUCUGCCUUCUCCAAUGUGGUGUUUCUGCAGCUUGAGAAUUGCACAAAUUGUUGGUUACUUCCUCCACUUGGAGAACUACCUUCCCUGAAGGAACUCUACAUAGCUAACAUGAGAGACCUUCAGAAGGUGGGUUCUGAAUUUUAUGGGAAUACAACUGAGCCAUUCAAGUCCUUAAAAAUCAUCAAGUUUGAGAACAUGCCCAAUUGGCAAGUUUGGAAAUCCAGCAGUCAGUGUGCAGGAUUUCCUUCACUCGAAGAGCUUCACAUAGACGGAUGUCCCAAACUAGUCGGAAGGUUACCUAAUCAGCUUCCUGACCUAUGCAUACUAGUGAUUGGUGGAUGCCAAGCUCUCAGUGAUUUAAUGGGGGGUUCUGACAACUAUCCUUCUCUUAGGCAAUUAAACUUAAAGGGUUGCUGUAAUUCUAUCAUCACCUUCAAUUUAUUCCACUUCACCAACCUUGAAGAACUUAAUGUACAAGAUUGUGGGAAUCUCAACACAAUUUUGUUUCCUCCAAAAGGUCUCCCAUGUCUUAGAAAACUUGAGCUGAAUGACUGCUCGAACCUGGUUUCAUUUCCGGCAGGGGGGUGUCCUCAACUGAAGUCACUGUCCAUCAUCAAAUGCAUAAGUCUCUUCCCUCAAAAUGCAUGGGAUCUGCGGCAAUUGACAUCACUGACUUCUCUUCAGAUCAGUGGACUUCCGAGUCUCACUUCGAUUGACAACACAGGAAUUCAGUCCAUAGUGUCUCUCACAACUCUGGAGAUUGAAGCUUGUGAUCAGCUUGAGUCUCUGCCUUUUGAAGAACUAGCCUCCCUUUCUCAUCUUACCAUCAAAGCAUGCAAGAAGUUAAAAGAGCUGUUUGAGACAAAUCAAGACUUCCAGCAAAAGAUUGGUAAUAUACGGUCCGCAACCAUAAUCUAGAUCACACAAGUCGAUAGGGUACGUCGGGUAGUGGGACUUUUUACCACAAACUUCAUUGAAUUCUGUGUUUAUAAA